UCACGCCUUCACGAAUACCCUCCUCGAGACGUUUACACUCGACCAUGGGCGCCAAAUCAAGAACUUCGGACGCGCGAGACGGUCUACUCAAAACCCUUCUCAAGCAUCCGGACCCCUCUUUAGAUAAGCGUCGGAUUGGGAACUGGCUAAGUCGAACGCUCAGUCGGUUGUACCUCCUGCCCCAUUACCUCUUUCCUCGACCGUCUAUACCAGCGCCGACAAUCCAUCUCCGAGCCGGCGAGUUCGUUGGCUCGCUGGAUUGUGGCACAACUUCCGUCCGCUUCAUUGUCUUCAACAAGUACGCCGAGAUUGUGGCGCAGCACCAGCUGGAAUUUCCGCAAUACUUUCCGAACCCUGGGUGGCACGACCACGACCCAGAAGAAAUACUUCAUGCCGCGGAAAAGUGCAUCGAGGAGGCGACUGCCGCGCUGGAAAGGGCAGGCUGGACUAGGGACAGUAUUAAGGCUAUAGGAAUUACUAAUCAGCGCGAGACAACCGUCGCAUGGAGCCGCUCAUCGGGAAGGCCCCUCUGCCGCGCCAUCGUUUGGACAGACUCGCGGACGCGGAAUACUGCGACGCAUUAUGAACGGCUGAUGGACAGUGUGGGCAUCGAGGCCAGCCCGGGCGUAUACAGGAAGGGCGAGGAUGGCAGGGAGUAUCUGAAGGAGCUCACCGGCUUACCAUUGUCUACCUACUUCUCGGCGAUCAAGCUGCGAUGGAUGAUCGACCACUACCCGCGGGUACAUGUCGCCCACGAGACGGAUGAUCUCCUGUUCGGUACCCUGGAGUCAUGGUUGGUCUACAAACUCACCGCGCCCCGUAUACACAUCAGCGACGUGUCGAACGCAGCACGGACACUUCUGCUCGACAUUCAGAAGCUCCAAUGGUCGCCCGCGCUCCUGUCCUUCUUCCGCAUCCGCCCCUCCGUGCUGCCCAAGCUCGUCUCUUCCUCAGAGGUGUAUGGCACCAUCUCGUCAGGACCACUCGCUGGCGUGCCCAUCGCUGGGCUCAUCGGCGACCAGCAGGGUGCGCUCGUAGGCAAUCAGUGCUUGACGCGAGGGCAGGCGAAGUGCACGUACGGCACGGGCGCGUUCCUGCUGUUCUGCACGGGCGAGGAAUGCAUCACAAAGGGGACUGGCGGGCUUGUGAGCACUAUCGCCUACCAAGCUGGGCCGGACGCGAAGCCAGUCUAUGCCCUCGAGGGCAGCAUCGCCGUCGCCGGCAGUGCCAUCAAGUGGCUUCGCGACUCCAUGGGGCUCAUCCAGUCCUCCGAAGAGGUCAACGCCCUCGCCGCGCGCGUCCCCGACACCGGCGGCCUCUACUUCGUCACCGCCUUCUCCGGGCUGCUCGCGCCGUACUGGGACCCGACCGCCGCCGGGCUCCUCAUCGGCCUCUCGCAAUGCACCACGCCCGCCCACAUCGCCCGCGCCGCGCUCGAGGCCAUCGCCUUCCAGACGCGCGCCAUCCUCGACACCAUGCGCGCGCGCUCGGGCAUGACGCUCGCGCGCGCGCUCCGCGUCGACGGCGGCGUGACGAACGGGGACUCGGCGAUGCAGGUGCUGGGCGAUAUCGGCGGCUUCGCGGUCGAGCGCCCGGAGAUGCGCGAGAGCACGGCGCUGGGCGCGGCGCUGCUGGCGGGGGCGGCGGUGAGGCUGUGGGGGUGGGAUUUGGGGCGGCCGGAGACGCUGAAGGAGGUGAAUACGGCGGGGAGCAGGGUGUUUGAGCCGAAGAUGCGGAAGCAUGUGCGCGAGGCGAAGUGGGCGGGGUGGAAUAGGGCGGUGGAGAGGAGUAAGGGUUGGGAAGAGACAAAGGAUGAGGAGUAAUACUGGGAUUUGGGCAUUGGGAAUUUACUAUACCUCGGGUAAUUUGGAACGAAUAAUGGGGAUACUACAGUAGACACUGCAUACCUUCAUACGUAGCUCACCACUGCAAUACUUCAGACACUCUUAUGCGCAGAUAUACGAGCGUCUUCAUGAAUGACAUUCAGAAGGCGGAGUAAUACAACAUUGUCAUGAGGGGCAUCCCGAUGU